AUGGUGAGCGAGUCCCCGGGGCCCGGCGCCCGCGUGCCCUGGCGGCGGAGCGACGAGGCGCUGCGCGUGAACAUCGUGUCGGUGCUGCCCUUCUAUCUCACGCUGCUGGCCGGCGUGGCGCUCGGCGACCAGGGCGGCGCGGGCGGCGAGGACCUCGGCGACCUGGGCAAGGUGGUGCAGGUGUUCCGCCUCAUGCGCAUCUUCCGCGUGCUCAAGCUGGCGCGCCACUCCACCGGGCUGCGCUCGCUGGGCGCCACGCUCAAGCACAGCUACCGCGAGGUGGGCAUCCUCCUGCUGUAUCUGGCCGUGGGCGUGUCCGUGUUCUCCGGUGUGGCCUACACAGCCGAGAAGGAGGAGGACGUGGGCUUUGACACCAUCCCCGCCUGCUGGUGGUGGGGCACAGUGAGCAUGACCACCGUGGGCUACGGGGACGUGGUGCCCGUGACUGUGGCUGGCAAGCUGGCGGCCUCGGGCUGCAUCCUCGGGGGCAUCCUGGUGGUGGCGCUCCCCAUCACCAUCAUCUUCAACAAGUUCUCUCACUUCUACCGGCGCCAGAAGGCUCUGGAGGCUGCCGUGCGCAACAGCAACCCCCGGGGGUUUGAGGAUUUGCUGAGCAGCGUCGUGGAUGGAGUGUCAGAGGCGUCUCUGGAGACAUCCCAUGAGACCUCCCAGGAGGGCAGGUCUGCAGACCUGGAGGCCCAGGCCCUGAGUGGGCCUCCAGACCCUCAGGUUUAUUAAAGCCAGGGCUUCGUGUCCCCCUUCCCACAUCCCUACAGUCAGCAGAAGCAGCAGAGAUCCAUCCCUGCUUACAACGUUUUCAUGGUGGCACGACCACUCAGCAUCUGGGGCCUGUCCUCUAAAGGCCAGGACCAGGGUAGUGAUGCCCUAGGUUCUGCGAGCUUGGAGGACAGCCCAGAAACUUCAUAAAUGAACCUCCAAGCUACUGUGAAGCAGGCAUGUGCUAAAGAGAAAAUCAAAAGGAUGCUACCAGGUCGUGAACACUCCCUGUCUGUCAGCCCUGUCACACCCAGCCCUGUGUUGGAGGAUGAGAAUUAUCCCCAUUUUGCAGAUGAGGAAACUGAGGCUCAAAGAGGUGCAAUGAUUCACCCAAAU